CACCCUUGAAACGUGUACAAAAGAGAUAGGUGGUUUUCCUGUCUUUGCUCUUUAUCUCGCUCUUUAUGUAAUGGCGCCUUCUUUGUCCCUUUAUGUAGGAGCCUUUCUGCUUCUAGUCUCACUCUCUGAUGCUAGAUACAAACUCUGCUGCGAUGAAAAUUGCAAAACUCCGAUAUCUUUGGGUCGUACUCGUAACAGAAAGGUUGAUCGUGAAGAAGGUUACUUGACAUAUCCUGCCAAUGCAAAGCUGACAAUUUGGGCUAAGCACCACAACGGGAUUGAAGAUAUAUGGGAAGCUGAGAUGUAUGGCAGGCGUGGUCUAGUUAACAGAGAAGAUGUGAUGGAGUCAAUAGUCCAUUGCCAUGUCCCAAAGCACUGGGUACCUUUGAAAGAAGAGGUAAAAGACAAUGUUGAAGUCACACCCUCCAACGAUCAGCCCAAAGAAGGAGAGAAUAUUGAGUCCGCCGGUACUGAUGAUAAUAAGAGUAUUGAUAAUAAUGAAGGAGGAACAGAGGCAGCUGAAGGGAAUGGAAAUGAUGAUAAUUCUGAAACUGAGGUUGAGGAUGAUCCUGAUUAUGAAUCACAUGAUAAUCACAUGACCAAUAAUGACAACGAGGAUGAUGAGGACGAUGAUGAUAUGGAAUAUUUUGGAGAGGAAGGUGGAGAGAAGAAUCCUUCAAUGACUGCCGGGGAAUAUAAUGAAAAGGAGAAUAAUGGUCUUGUGAAUGGAGAGUCUGAAACUGAGGGAUCUGUACUGGAAGAAAAGGAGAGAGAGGAGAAAGAUAGGUCAGGAAAUAUAGAAGUGAAAGAUGAGGAGAAAAAGGAAGAGGGAGAGAGUAACACAGACCCGCAUAUAAAUGCCACUGAUCCUACCAUGAUUGAUCAAUCAGUGAAAGAGCUUGAUCUUACCACUUAUAGUCAUAUCCAGUCGUCUCUUGAUGUCACUCACAUGUCAUCCGAAAUGCAACACAAAACUGUUCUACCUACCUUUUCUGAGACUCCCCUGCCAACUUUCACAGAAGCACCCAUUGCUACUGAUAGCGAGGAAAAUAAGGGAAGGGAGGAGGCAGAAAUGAAGAAAGAGGAGGAGGAGGGUAGCAGGGAAACAGGAGAAGAUGAAAUGAGGAGAAAAAUGGAAGAGGAGGUAGAAGCUUUGAAAAGAGAAGAGGACGAGAGAAUUAGGAGAGAAGAAGAAGAAAGGGCAAAGAAGGAAGAGGAAGAGAAGAAACAGGAAGAAGAGAUGAGAAAGAUAGAGGAAGAG